AUGUCAGCCCCCCUAACCACCACCACCGCUCCCUCGCCCAUGCCCUCCAUCUAUCCAGAAACCAAACAGGCCCAUAUGGAGCACAUCCAGCCCUCCACCUCCUUGGCUCAGCUCCCUGCAGGACGGGUGCAGGAAGUAACUAAACCCUCUUUCAUCAACAUUACCUCCGACCACACCUCCCUCAACCCCCCAUCCCAUCAUCGCCCUGCAGUCCCCGAGGUGCUCCAGCCUCCACCGCCUCCCGGUGCUCUCCACGUCUUACUGGUGCGCCAGCCUCCACCGCCUCCCGGUGCUCUCCACGGCUUACUGGUGCCCCAGCCUCCACCGCCUCCCGGUGCUCUCCACGUCUUACUGGUGCCCCAGCCUCCACCGCCUCCCGGUGCUCUCCACGUUUUACUGGUGCCCCAGCCUCCACCGCCUCCCGGUGCUCUCCACGUCUUACUGUCCAAGUUGGUGUCCUGCCUCACUUUCCCUACUUUCCUUCAGGGCCACAAGAUGGGAUACUGCAAGCAGAAUGGCUACACGUCACACACUCAGCAGAUAAUCAGCACCAUGGAAACCCAGGUGUCCAAUGGUCCGAGCGGAACCAGUCUGCCCAACGGCCCAGUCAUCAGCACCAACGGUGCCACGGAUGACAGCAAGACCAACCUCAUCGUCAACUACCUGCCCCAGAACAUGACCCAGGAAGAGUUCAAAAGUCUGUUUGGUAGCAUUGGAGAGAUUGAGUCCUGCAAGCUAGUCAGAGACAAGAUAACAGGCCAGAGCUUGGGCUAUGGCUUCGUAAACUACGUGGAUCCCAACGAUGCAGACAAGGCCAUCAACACGCUCAAUGGUCUCAAACUGCAGACCAAAACAAUCAAGGUAUCAUAUGCCCGGCCAAGUUCAGCUUCUAUUCGUGAUGCAAACCUUUACGUGAGUGGACUCCCCAAAACCAUGAGCCAGAAGGACAUGGAACAGCUAUUCUCCCAGUACGGCCGCAUCAUCACAUCCCGUAUCCUAGUGGACCAAGUUACAGGCAUAUCGCGAGGAGUGGGCUUCAUCCGGUUUGACAAGCGAAACGAGGCGGAGGAAGCCAUCAAGGGCCUGAACGGGCAGAAGCCUCUGGGUGCUGCUGAGCCAAUCACUGUCAAGUUCGCCAACAACCCCAGUCAGAAGACGGGCCAGGCUUUACUGACCCAGCUGUACCAGACUGCUGCCCGCCGCUACACGGGCCCCCUGCACCACCAGACCCAGCGCUUCAGACUCGACAAUUUACUAAACGCCAGCUACGGAGUCAAGAGAUUCUCCCCCAUCACCAUUGACAGCAUGACCAGCCUGGCGGGGGUCAACCUCACCGGGCCCACCGGCGCCGGCUGGUGCAUCUUUGUGUACAACCUGUCCCCCGAAGCGGACGAGAGCGUCCUGUGGCAGCUCUUCGGGCCCUUCGGCGCGGUCACCAACGUCAAGGUCAUCCGCGACUUCACCACCAACAAAUGUAAGGGCUUCGGCUUUGUCACCAUGACCAACUACGACGAGGCCGCGAUGGCCAUCGCCAGCCUCAACGGCUACCGCCUGGGCGACCGCGUGCUGCAGGUCUCCUUCAAGACCAGCAAGCAGCACAAGGCCUGA